ACUGUUCGGAAAGAACUGAGAGAGAGAUGGGGCACCGUUGCUGCAGCAAGCAGAAGAUCAAAAGAGGAUUGUGGUCUCCUGAAGAAGAUGAAAAGCUUCUAAAAUAUAUCACCAUUCAUGGCCAUAAAAGUUGGAGUUCUGUUCCAAAGUUAGCAGGCUUGCAGAGAUGUGGAAAGAGUUGCAGAUUGAGAUGGAUUAAUUAUCUGAGGCCUGAUCUCAAGAGGGGCACCUUCACUGCAGAAGAAGAGCAGAUUAUAAUUGACAUUCAUAGAAUUCUGGGAAACAGAUGGGCCCAAAUAGCCAAGCAUCUCCCUGGAAGAACAGAUAAUGAGGUCAAGAAUUUCUGGAACUCUUGCAUUAAAAAGAAGCUCAUCUCACAAGGGUUAGACCCACAAACCCACAAUCUCCUCGCUUCUCAUAAGAGAAGCUCAAGAAAUAUCAUCUCUCAUAAUAACAAUCAAAAUUCCAAUUCCAUUUUCAUGUUGAGUUCACAGAAUAUACCAAAUGCUGAUCCCUUGGGAAUUAGUCAAUAUUUUUCAUCACUACCUAAAGCUCCACCAAACAUUGUUCAAACUCCCUCUGCCAUUGCCUCCUCUGAAUACCAAACACCCAACAAUAUUCUUUCAAACUACAAAACAUUAGAUUUUGCUAAUGAGCUAUUAUUAACAGAGAAUUGUUUUCCUUCCUGCCCAAAUGUUUGGGUUUCAAGAUUUGAUGAUGCUGAGGAUUUUGGAGUUCAAACAACACUGGAAGAAGGGACACGAGUGCAGGUGCAGCAAGAGAAGGAAAAGAGUUGUGUUGAGAAGGGAAUUGAUGUCAGGGAAGAUAAUUAUAAGGACAGCCUUGAAAUGAGUUCUUUUGAGAGUUGUAACUUUGAUUUUGGGUUGUUGGAGAGUGUGCUUGCGUCUGAGUUUAUCUCUGAUCACGAUGUCAACUAUAUGGAUGAAUUUGCAUGGAACUUUUAGACCAUGCUAGCUCUUCAACUAUCCAUAGUUCAUGAAUUUAAGUUUCCUACAUAUCACUAA